AUGGUCCCCAUCUUUGGGCCGGUCUCGAUACUCACCGAAUUAUUCGAAUUCUAUCUAGUCUUCUAUACCUUCUCCAGGCUUUCCAAUGGUCAUAUUAACACCUUAACAGCAGUUCAAGUCUCCACUUGCCCACGAGGUGGCAACGGUCCCUCAGGGGUCGUGUGCAGACUGUACCGCCCAGUUGUCUGGCCUAGUCAAAGUGUCCGGCCGCACUCGAUCUGUCUGUCCAAGUGUCUCCAGGCUCCUGGUAGAGCUGAUCCGCCCUUCUGA